CCGCGCCCACCGGUUCCGUCUUACCACCACCACCGCAAGCACGACGGCACCAUCACCGCCACCUACCUCCGUUCUCGCAGCUAACCCGCCCCACCAUAUCUAAACCCAGCUAAAUCCCCACACCAGACAGGCACCGCAGACCAAACUGAGGCGCCCAACCAACCAACCAACUCCCAGCACGAGCGCCCAACCAGACGUCGUCGCGAGGUGGGAGACGCCGGCGGGAGCCAUGGAUUUCCUGCAGGGGCGGAGCGUCGAGACCAUGGCGGCCAUCGCCGUCGCGGUCGUCGCCGUCGCCGUGGGCGGCGCCUUCCUCCUCCGACGAUCCAAGAAGCCCAAGGGCUGCUUGGAUCCAGAGAACUUCAAGGAGUUCAAACUUGUGGAAAAGACUCAAAUAAGCCACAAUGUUGCUAAAUUCCGAUUUGCGCUUCCAACCCCUACUUCUGCGUUAGGCCUUCCAAUUGGUCAACAUAUCAGCUGCAGAGGACAAGAUGCUACUGGGGAAGAAGUAAUCAAGCCUUACACACCUACUACCUUGGAUUCUGAUCUCGGAAAUUUUCAGCUUGUUAUAAAGAUGUACCCUCAAGGAAGAAUGUCCCAUCACUUCCGUGAAAUGAAAGUCGGCGAUUACAUGUCUGUGAAGGGACCUAAGGGCCGUUUCAAGUACCAAGUCGGGCAAGUUAGAGCUUUUGGAAUGAUAGCUGGUGGAUCAGGGAUUACUCCGAUGUUCCAGGUUGCAAGGGCAAUUCUUGAGAACCCUAAUGACAAAACUAAGGUUCAUCUAAUCUAUGCAAAUGUCACAACUGAAGACAUCCUUCUGAAGGAAGAGCUGGACAGCAUGGCUGAAGAAUAUCCCGACCGCUUUAAGAUCUACUAUGUGUUGAAUCAGCCUCCUGAAAUCUGGAGCGGUGGUGUUGGGUUUGUGUCCCAGGAUAUGGUUAAAACUCAUUGCCCAGCGCCUGCUGACGAUAUUCAGAUCUUGAGAUGCGGCCCUCCUCCUAUGAACAAGGCGAUGGCUGCGCACCUUGAGGCGCUCGGAUACACAAAGGAGAUGCAGUUCCAGUUCUAAGUUUCUGGAGGACCAGAAUAAGGCCCUACGGCCGAGACGGUGUUUGACCCCUUUUGAUAGCUUACAGAAGCAAUGCAUGAUUAGCUAUAAGACAACAAUUCUUGUACCUCGAUUUUUGUGGGCAAGUGUUAGCUGCAUAGCUUGGCAGAGGCCCACACGUGCUUCGACUCCACUUGUAUUACUGGUUCAAAAUGUGAACAUUGGAUGCCACCAA